AACAUGGACACAAUGCAGAUCGGCUCGGCGGUCGGGACUGCCGCCGAGCCGCCGCCGGCAGUCGAGGCGGCGGUCGAGACCGCGCCCGUCGACGUGGAGCCGCCUUCCAAUUUAGAGAGGUCGCCGGUCGUGCAAGCCGAGCCGUCGGCCAAGGUCUCGGUCCAAAAGAAGAGCACGCUGCGUUCUUUCUUCUGGGGCACCAGCAGCGUCGGCAAGGAGUCGAGGAGCAAGCGCAAGAAGGAGCUGCUCCAGCAACUGGCCGACCUGCAGCGGGAGAACGCGAGACUACAGUCAGAGUGCGAUCACGUGCGGCUCAUCUACUCGGAGCUGAAGCAGGAGCGCCUGAUCGAGCAGGAGAAGGUGUCGAGGGCCAAGGCCCUAGACCGCAGGCUGCAUAGCGAGACGCAGUUCAUGUCCUCGGCUUCUCAGACUGACUCUUGCAACAACCUGCUCGGAGAAUUCAGGGCCGUGCCGAGAAAAAACUACGCCUUCAUUUACAACGUGUUCACGGUCCCGACUCCGGAGCAGCUCAAGAGGUCGCUUGAAAAGUUUCAGAAGUCCGGUCCCAAGGUCGGCUUCAAGAACGCCUCCAAGAGCGACGUGGAAAAUGACGACGUCCAGAAGGACGCCUGGGAAGACGUCGUCAAGGCCCAAGUUCAUGCUGAUGACGAUGAAGUGGCGGAGGGAACACCUCAAGUAAUCGUGGAAGAGGCGACCGAAGAGCUGCUCACAGACGUCGAUGAACCGAAAGCUGAUGCUCGGAUCGAGAGCCCGGUUGACAAGGAGACAGGCGACGUUGUCAUCCGAACCGAGGCAGUCGAUGCCAAGUCGUCGGACUCCGCCAACGUGCACGAUCCAAAUGUGCAAGACAAAUCGUCGCUCAGACCCUCGUGUCAGAAGAUUGAGAAGUCCGAUAACUCCGUCGUUGCGGAAGGUGAGACAGCUGGCCUUGUAUUACCCGCGCAGACUCAGAACGUCGCCGAGGAUCCUACAGUGGAACUGAAGGAACCCGAAGUCACCGCCGAAGCUGCGCUAGAAGUGCAACCGAGGUCUUCCUGUACUUCAGUAAAGACAGACGCAACCGAAGACGCAAAUGUGCCCCAUUCUGAAGGUUUCCGCGAAGAGGAAUCGCCCGCGCCAUAUGACAAGGAUACCGCCGCGCUGGACGGGGCAUCGUUCCUCAGCCGCAGCUCUAGCGGGAGCAAGGCGAGCGUUCGCGAAGGCCUAUCGGAUGCCGGAUCACCGUGCGAGGCGGUACCUGUCGUGAUCGCGUCACCUCUGGAGGACAAAAUAUCUGAGAAGUCCUCUGAGAAGUCUUCAGAGAGCUCGCUGCUUCUCAGACUCAGGCAAGCCGUUUCGAACAUGGCCGCUAGCUUGGAAACGGACGCGGACACCCCGCCGCCUUUCUUCAAAAAGCACGACACGGCGAAGAGUUCACGAGAAGCGCCAGCCUGCGCUGAGGUCAAGGUCGAGCUUGUCCCGGGUGUGGAACAGCGCUACGGCACGGGCACAGAACCGGUGACGAGUCGGUACUUCCUGCCCCCGAGUCACACCGGAGGGGGAGUUCAGAGGGACCCUGGUCGCAGGGAGUUCGAGAAACGGAGGCGAGUUUCAUGCGGCGCGCUGAGGCCUCCCCUGCAGAAGGCUAUCGUGAUGAACGCAACCGUGCAGUGCCAACACAUGGAGGGCGCCGGUAGCCCGCCGGAGUCAGGCGCUUCCUCCAGAUUGGUCGGCGCCUCGACGCCCUCUAGCGCGACUGCCACGCCGCGACCUUGGAGUCUGAACAGGGUCCGGCUGCCCCUUGCCGAAUCGCCCCACUCGGCGUCUACGCCUGUUCGUCAACUCCCCAGGUCGCCUCAGCAGAUUGCGUCCUCCGCUGUCCAGUGGAAGAAGGCGGCUCUGAGCACGCCGUUAGGGAACGACUCUCUCAGCAGCGACAGUGGGACAGACAGCGACUGCGCCGCGGACGAGUCUUCGAGCGAGUUCCACGGCAGCGGGAGGAACGUGGCCAAUACGGCGUUUGAGAACAGGAUGAGCGGCGUCAGUCGAGGGACAGCGAGUCAGGCGUCUUCGGCGCGAUCGGCCGCUAUGACAGCAUCGACGGCGGCCACAACCGUCACUAGGAAGAAGAGCUUACGCAAGAAGAGGAACUCGCAGCGCCGUGCCAGCAGCACGCUUCCGUCUCUGCCCUCGUCUUCAAGCAGUGAGGAAAGCCAGCGCACGCCGACAAGGCGUAGGCGGCCGGGGUCGUCUCGCACCCGCACGGCGACCAGGUCGACGACGUUCUCGGGCGCGUCCUCGACGACUCCUUCGAGAGCGACGGGCGCCACGACGCGACCGCCGUCGACGGCCUGUCCUCUGUCUCCAGUGAGCGUGACGUUUUCCAAUAACGCGGCCACCACCGAUUCGGACGCGUCACGACCCACCACCGCCUUUGGGCCGAAAGAUAGAGCUUCGACCAGGACAACGGUGAGACCCGACAGCAGGGCGACUUCUACGACAGUCGGCGGUGGCUCGCCUUCGCCCACGAGCCGGCGCAGGGACCUCUCGCGCGUCACCACACAGAGCUCGCUUCUGUCGAGGCCACAGAGAGACCUGACAUCGUCCGAGAUGUCGCCCUCGGAGUCGGAGAGUUUCACACCCACAAUGCGAAGGCAGUUCCUGGCUAACAACGCAAGUGAUCCCAACUCGGUGAAGUGUAAGAGAAGCAUCUUCGAGACCCUCUCCUCGGCAGGUUACACGCACAUUGACGACCACGCCUGUUCGCGCGGAGGAAACCGCGAGGACCUCCCGACUGGUACGACCCGCUGGCCGCGACAGAACGCGACUGCACAGGAAGGGCGACCGGGGGGAAACCGGGCGACGACGCCAACGCUGCCCGAUCACAACAGGGAGAAAGGCGCGAAGGGUGCCUUCAUCGUUCAGCGGGCCGACUUGUACGCACCGUUCCCGCCGAAAAUUAUGAGGACUCUCCUGCCGUCCUUCAUAGACGUCGAUCCCACCGUGAGGCCUGACAAGGUUCCACGGCACAUACCAUUCGAUCCUGGCCGGCACGGAGACGAGAAAUCGAACACUUCUCUCUUCAAGGAUCACUGCCAUCUCACUCCUUACAAGCAGACUCCGGCUUCGCCGCCCAAGUAUCCCGAGCGACCCCACUGGGAAGGCGCGCAGAGCUGCCUGUUGCCGGAUCUGUACAGCUUCAACGACGAAAGCCGAGUAGGGGACCAGGCUGACCGCAAGAUGACCCGCUUCGACCUGGGAGAAGUUAUAUGACCGCGCGUCUCGAUUUGCGUCAACGUACUGCUGUACUCUAAAAUGUUACGCUAUUCGGAUUAAAAAAUAAA